AUGGUUUCUUUUCAAGUGGUCGUUUCUCUCUUCUUGGUUACGGUAGCCUCGUGCACCUUUAAUGGUGACCCGGUGAACUGGAAUCGUCAUCCAUAUUUGGUCAAGAUUAUGACAAGAGAUUCGGCGUCGAAAAAUGUGACAACUUGCAGUGGAACAUUGAUUUCAGCUUCAGCUGUUUUGACAAGCAAUAAAUGUUUCCCAGAAAAUUUGGAUGGUGUUGAAGGACAAGCUAUUGUUCCACUUCACGGAACUUCCAAAACUAUGCAUCGUGCGAUGCUUGAUGUGAAGAGAGACGGGGAUUUUGCGAUUAUGAGAAUUGAUCCAAUCAAACAGAAAAAUGUGGGUACUUUUAUGAAAUUUGAUUUCGAAAUAACCUUUUCAGCUCUGCGAAAAAGCGCCAAUCCCAGCAAGAAUUUCGAGAUUACCAAUCACUCCAACUUUGAUUGAAGCUUCUUUCAAACCAGUUGAUGCUAAGCUUAUGGAAAAAUAUCGAUGCAGAAUUGUUGGAUUCAAGACUAAUGAUGAUGGUGAGUUGUAAGAGAGUUUAGGGUUUCUGAAUCUUUUUUUUUUUUGAAUCAGAAAAAUCUUAUGUUUCAAAAAUUAUAUGAAAAUGAAAUUUGAUUUGAUAUGGAACUUAGAGAAGGUUAAUUUCAAAUGUAUUUUUUUUCAGAAAAAAAUUUCUUCAUUACAUAAAAUGACUAUUAGAAAUUCACAAUUGUAGGACUCUUUUUGUUUAGUAAAUCCAUAAUUUUCAGAAAAAAUUCUGUGGCUCAGGUGCAUAUUUGAAACUUUAUGAAAAAUUUUGUCAAAACUUUUGAUUUUUGGUAAAUCAACCCUCCUGAACAUCGCCCUGUACUCUUGAUGAAAUACUUUUUAACAUUAGUUACGGGCUCUCAAAAACGCGAUUUUCAAAAAAUUCUCAUCUUUUGGCUCAUUUUUGGGCUCUUCAUAGAGCAAAAACUGUACAGAAACAAAUGUGUCUUAUUGCAAAUCUUCGAAGACUGGUCACACACUUUCCUGGUUAGAAAUUAAACUUUUUUUCUCAAAAAAUUCAAAAAAAAAAUGAAAAAUAUAUCACAAAUAAUAUUCUCUAUAUAUUUUUUGCAGUCGAAAAAUUCUCAUCAAGCGACGAAGUCGAAAUCGUCGAUGCUGAAAUCCGCAAAACCACCGACACUUUGAUGUUUGCCGAAGUCUACUCAAACGAAACUGGAACCGCUUGUUGGGAUGAUCUUGGAGCACCAUUAGAAUGCGCAUUGGAAGAUGACUCGUUCUACACUCAAGUUGGAUUUGUUCAUAAUAUUUAUUCAAGAGGAUUGGAUGAUGAGAUGGCUCUUGGUAAUUCUACAUGUUCUGAUGUUAAGGUAAAAAAAAGCGCAAGGGUUUUUUUUAAAGAAAAAUUGAAUUUUUUUAGUCUAUGGAAUUCAUCGUUUUCGGCGAUUUUACUUUGGCUGAAAAUAUCGAUGCUGCUGACAAAAUUGGCGUUUUUGAAUAUCAAGAACGCUGUUUCUCCAAAUAA